AUGUGUCCGGGUCUCCCCAGCGGCCGGCCCGACGACUCACCACCACACCCUACAGAUCAAGGUGAAGAUGUCGUGGCGUACACCAUGAACGGGAGACUGCGGGGUAGAACAGCCCGAGUGGCGGACGGCAGGGUCCAGGUGUACAUGUUCCUGGGGGUGCCCUACGCCAGGCCGCCGCUGGGAGGGUUAAGGUUCCACGCCCCCCUCCCCCAUGAGCCGUGGACCGGUGUCAGAAACGCUACCCAGCACGGCGCCCAUUGUGCCCAGGACAUCCCCCAAGACCGGCGGUUCUACCACAGCAUCCCGCUGUUCAUGCCGCACGCCAGGAUCAGCGAAGACUGCCUGUUCCUGGACGUGUACACGCCGACCAUGGACACUACGGCUCGGCUAGCGGUGCUGUUCUUCAUACAUGGCGGGGGUUUGUUCAGCGGUAGCGGUGCACAGUACGAUGGUCGGGCCCUUGCCGCGAUGGGAAACAUCGUCGUUGUCAUAAUAAACUACAGGUUGGGUAUCCUUGGAUUUUCGGGAAUCGGGGGACAGUGGAACGUCGGGUUCUUGGACCAGAUCAUUGCGCUCCGUUGGGUGCAACAGAACAUCCAUGUCUUCGGCGGAGACCCCGGACAGGUGACCGUAGCGGGGCAGUCUGCGGGCGGGAAUAGUGUCGGCCUCUUGGUGCUCUCCCCUCUCACUGACGGGCUGUUCCACCGGGCGAUAUCCCAGAGUGGCGCGGCCUCUACAAUACCUACCCAGCCGAAUACAGACCACACAGAGAACAUCUUCUUCUUGUUGUCGAGGUUGUGCACUCGUCCCUCUCCCUCGGAAACGCUGGAGUGUCUGAACCUUGGUCUGAGAAAUUUAUCUGCAGAAGAUUUUGUCAAUGCCUGGGGCUGGAGACACCAGCCUGCGGUGGACGGAUUCUUUCUACCGGAUCAGCCGACAACGCUGCUGAAGAACGGAUCGGCGAAGAACAUCGAGUAUCUCAUGGGUGUCACCAAUCACGAGAUGGGGCAUGUCAUUGCCCUAGACUGGCAUUUCAUUGGCGAGAAGGACAGAGACCAAAUACGGAGCAUAAUCGCCGCUGGAUAUAGGGACUAUUUCCAGUGUAUGAAUGGACAGACGGAUGUAUAUAUUGACGUGAGCAAGUUCAUCUCCGAUCCCCUGCUGGACCUGUACAAGAUGGAACAGGACCCGCUUAUGCAGGUCAUCGGAGAUAUGAUGUUCACUGUCCCCACUGUCAACACUGCCUGGUACAGAACAGAUACUCCCGUGUACCUGUACGAGUUCCAGCAUCGGCCCUCCUGGCACCACAGCAGGCCCGCCCACGUCAAAGCCGACCAUGGUGACGAGCUGCUGUUUGUGUUCGGCGCUCCUUUCUUCGACUGGCCGAGAAACCCUGCCGACCCGGCCUGGCGAGUCAACUUCACGGAGGAGGAGAGAGUUCUCAGUCGGAAGAUUCUGACCUAUUGGACAAACUUCGUGAAAACUGGGGACCCCAACAGGGGGGACACGGAACCUACAUCAACGUUUGAUCUUGAAGCCUGGCCCCGCUACUCCCGAGAAAACCAAGAAUAUCUUCAACUUGACCUUGAUAUAUCAACUGCCCACCGUCUAAAGGAAGAAAAAGUCAAGCUAAUCAACGACAUGCUGGCGUGCUCCAAUUCGUCUGUCAGUUCGUCCGGACUGGACAGGACAGUAAUGACGCUCUGUGUUCUGAUGUUAUGCUUUUAUUAUGGACUUCUCUAAAAUCAGACCACUGCAAUGCAGAGCUUACACAGCACUGUGGCCUAAAGGCUAAGAAACUGGAGAAGGGCGUCGCUCUAGAAACAUCAUGUGGUAUGGGAAGGGCUUUGACUGGAUGACAAAUUGUGCCCCUAAACACCGUACCGAACCGUAAUUGUUUCUAAAGCCAGCGGCAACAAUCGUUCUCUGGACAAAUAAGAACCUACAGUAUGUGUACUUGACUGUGAUUUCAAGCAGUUGUAUUGCAGACAAGCCAAAGUUAUGCAUUUGGUCCAAUAAAAUAUAACUUCACCUACUACAUUUUUGUACAUCAAGCCACGUAUAAAAAGAAAAACAUAGACGUAUACAUCUGCUUACAUAAAGCAAGAUUUAUUAUUCAUUUCAAGUCAUAGAAAUGGUCCUACAGAAAUUUGUGCACUUUUCCAGUAACUAUUGGAAGCAUAAGCAUUACAUUUCAGAUGUCAAUGUGGCCACAGAUUUGGAAUGCAUUAUACAUAAUAUUGAUGUGGACAACACCAUCUUAGCACUCAUGAUUGAAUUAGGUUCACACGUACACUGUAUAAAAGAAAUACUGUAUG